AUGAAAGCUGUCUUCCCGCACAGCUACAGGACUGGCACUGGGGAUAUUUGGGUUGAUUUUGCUCAUCGCAGACCCAAACAUGAAAAGAUAUUAAGUUUGAGCCUUCACAGUCUCGGGAGUCUUCACUUGGGCCGAGUGAAUAAGAACGAAGGAGAAAUUCUUCGAAGUCGUGAGGUGUAUGGCCAUGGACUACGCCAUCUGUCUCAAGCCAUCAAAACCCCUGCCAUGUCAAGCACGGACGUGACUGUUGCAGCCGCGAUACUUUUGGGUGUUUACGAAUUGCUCAAUCCAACGGGCGAAGAAUUAAGCUUACUCCAUUCCCGUGGGAUAAGCCAGCUUUUCCUUCUGAGGGGACCCAAAGCCCACGCUACUGGCUUCGGGCGGACGUUUCUUUUGACUUUCCGGGGACUCAUGGUUUUCGAAGCCUUCGCCGCGGGCAAAGCUUGCUUUUUAGGGAACGAGGAGUGGAGAGCAAUUGUUCCAAUCGCCCUAUCAUACCUGAAGCAUUGUGGCAGAGCAGCUGGUAUUAUCGAGCUGAUCGAAUUUGCAUUCAAUGAAAUUGCCCAAUGCCCUGGCUUCCUUGUCAUGACUAAAUCGCUGAUCUCCUCAACGUGCACUACUAAUGCCGAACGAGAGAACUUGAUCGUCGUUAUCAACGCCAGCAAAGAUACCCUCAAAAACCUGAAAAGGAAAAUGUUGAUUGGGCUUAAGACCUGUCAGGACGAGACUGAAAUUGACCGCCAGCGCUUUUUUGGAGCAACUCCGAAAUCCACCGCAUAUGCUUGGACACAGUAUGCGAUUGAGGGAGUUCAUUCGGCGAUCGCGCUUCUACAACAGUUGUUAACUGUGCUGCUGUCAGAUCAAAGCCGACGCACAGUCGCUACGGCAGGGUUAAUGCUCGACCCAACUAAGACCGAGUGGGAAAUGACGAAGGACCCUACCGUGAUAGCACAGAUGAGUCGUGAGCAUACUAGAACACACUUUGCAGCAGGCCCGCAGCUGCCGACCAGCUUGAAGCUUUGGCCUGACCGGCUCAUCCUGACACUGGGGAUGCCGGGAAAAGGUUGA